AUGGAGAUGGCCCAUCAUGGUCUUGUUCUCCUCCAGAGACUGAAUGCUCAGAGGGAGUUUGGUUUCCUGUGUGACUGCACAGUGGCCAUCGGGGAUGUUUUUUUCAAAGCGCACAAGGCAGUACUUGCUGCAUUCUCAAACUAUUUCAGAAUGCUAUUUAUACACCAGGACAGUGAAUGUGUCAGACUGAAACCCUCAGAUAUACAACCAGAAAUCUUCAGCUACCUUCUUAACCUGAUGUACACAGGAAAACUGACGCCACAGUUUAUUGAUCCCCAUUGUUUGGAACAGGGAGUGAAGUUCCUACAUGCCUACCCUCUGUUGCAGGAGGCAAGCCUUCUCAUCCACCCUGAGUCCCAGUGCAUCCCAUUGGCUAAUUCCCUUUAUGGUAUCCAGAUAUCUGAUCAGGCAUGUCAGAUGCCUAGUAGGAAGUCAGUUUGCCAACGCCAAACAUGUUCUGUAAAUAAAAAUGAGUAUGUGGCAUGUGACCUCAGAGUAGACCAGACAACUUUCGCAGAAGUUAGUCAAAUAGAUAUGAACACUAUGAACGAACAAGCACAAGAUUCACCCACGGAGAACCUCGCCUCUCACACCAUCCAAAAUGUCAAGCCUGGUAUCAUGAAGAGAAAUUCCUCCUCAAGAAAACAUUAUACCUGCCAUCAAUGUGGAAGCCACUUCAGUCAGAGGUGUAAAUUAAGAGAACAUUUCCUUCAUGUCCAUAGCAGCCAGGGACCAGAGGACCACGCUUCACCCAUGCGAGAUGGCUCUGUCAUGGAGCUGGAGCACCAAGGACCAGAGGAAGACAGUCAUCGUUUCAGCAAUGAGGUUGUCAGUGAUAAUGAACAGCAUGUCAGAGCAGAGGAUACACCACCUCCUUCAGAUAUUGCAGACAUUGAUAAUCUAGAGGGCACGGACAUGGAGCGUGAGGUGAAGCGACGAAAGUUUGAGUGUCCAACCUGCGGCCGGAAGUUCAUCCAGAAGAGCCAUUGGCGAGAGCACAUGUACAUCCAUACAGGGAAGCCUUAUAGGUGCAGUAGCUGUGGGAAGAGCUUCUGCAGGGCUAACCAAGCUGCCCGUCACGUCUGCCUGAGCCAAAGUGCAGAAUCCUACACAAUGGUGAACAAGCAGAGCAUGGUGCUAUGUGGUGGUGAAGAAAACAGCCAGGUUGAGGCGCUGUUCCUGUCAUCCAGCAGGCCAUAUAAAUGUAAUAUGUGCGCAGUACCUUUCAGCAGUCCCUCAGAGGUCCUGAAACAUCAGUGUCCAGAGCAGGAAAGUUCCUCAAGUCUUGCUGAUAACGUGGUUUCAAAAGCUGAAGGAUCAGAUUCAAAUGAUACCCCAGUAACCAUAACUUCAGAGGAUCUGUAA